ACAAAAAAAUUGAUUGCGAAUGCGAUUCAGAAUUUGGUUUGUUGUGUUUAAUAAUGUAUCAUUUUUUAAUUUUUUUCUGAAGAGCAUAAAACAACUACGUCCAAAACUCAUGCCCGUUAUUGUAUUAGAUUCAAUUUAUUUAAAAAUAUAUAGAGGUCAGGUACCUGGGAGCAGGGAAAUUAAAAAAAAAUGGCAUACCAUUACUCCGACUUAGGUAUGCCAGCAGAAAUGAAUGAACAAUAUAUUGCGGAGUAUAAACCAUACAUGGUUCAAAACCCAGAUGCUGAAUAUGAAGUCAGGUCUACAGUACUUGAUGAUAGAGGAGAAGGAAGCAUAUCAGCUGUGACAUUUGAUAAAUUUGAAGAGUUAAUUUGGGUGGGAAACACAAGAGGACAUAUUACUUCAUACCAUGGCCCACAAAUGAGUAGAUACACAGCUUUUAGGGUUCACAUGACAGAAGAAAUACGUGAUAUCAUCACCCUUGAUCAAGGACUAUUUAUUUUAUCAAAAACACAAUUGAGGCAUCAAAUUCGAAGAGGACUUGUGAAGCAUACACACACAUCAGAAAAUUUAAAAGAGAUGCAAUGCCUUUUUCAAUCAAGUCCGACAAAUGUUUUGAUGGGCGGCCACCAGGACACAAUUAUUGAUUUUGAUGUCACAAAUAUGAAAGAAUCUAUUAUUCCGAUAACUGAAGAUGGCUGUGCGGUGUUACGAAGUGGGGGUGGUUCGCUGGUUGCGUGUGGGAGUGCGAAUGGGACUGUCUCUAUGCGUGAUAUUAGAAGUCCAGUGGUGUCCGAACACACGUUCAAAGCGCACAGUGCCUGUCUGUCUGACUUGGACAUGCAGGGUAACUUGCUCAUUACGUCUGGAUUCGCACAAACAAGCACAAUGGCCGUAGCCGAACAGUACGUUUUAGUCUGGGAUGUACGUCAGUUAAAAGCCGGUGGGGCGUGGUCACUUCCGGUGGCAUCACCGCCAUUAUUACUCCACUUCCUGCCGUCGGUUUCCGGUCGAGCUCUCGCAAUGGCCAGUGCUGGACAUGUCGCAUUGCUCAAUGUUAACAAUAAAAGUGAAUCUGGAAAGCAAUCUGUUUUUCAAGUUGACACUCAAGGCUCUCUAUGCACUGUCAUGGACGUAUCCAGCACCAGCCAAGCAUUCGUCUUCGGAGAUCAGUCGGGACACGUACAUCUGUUCUCUUCUAAGCAUAAUAAUGAACCUGUCUUCAAUAACUUCUCAAGAGAAACAACAUUUGCGACCCCAGUCCGUUUGCCGUACGUGGGUUUCAGUGAGACGUUCAGUUUCUCAUCAAUACCUCUUCCGCCUCUCGCGAGUGGCUCCAAGUGGUUCCACGACCUGCCCGAGGAGUUCCUCAAAAAGGUUUCCAGGAAACCUCGCCCAAUUGACCCGGAAAUUCUUAAGACCAUGAAAAUGAAAGGACCCAUUGGGUAUGCACCCAAUCCUGGUACGAGGAGACGUAAUGAGUAUCCAUACAUAGAUGACAAUUUGGAAGAUAUCAAACAACCAAAGCCAAUAGACGAAACGACGCUGUCUAUAAGACCAAUUCCAAGUUCAUAUCAGAAGGUCGAAGUAAGGUAUAAUAAAAACGAGCCGAACGCAAUUUUGGACAAUAUAAACAGAACAGGUCUACCGGGAAUUGAAGCAACGUUGCCCAACUCUUACUGUAAUUCGAUGAUUCAGGUGCUGUACAACAUGCCGCCUCUGAAGUCAACCCUGAUAGCUCACACGUGCGCGAAGGAGUAUUGUCUCACUUGCGAAUUAGGUUUCCUAUUCAGGAUGCUUGACACCUCUGGAGGGGCGCCGUGUCAAGCGAGUAACUUCUUAAGGGCUUUUCGUACCGUGCCUGAAGCCGCCGCGCUCGGACUGAUAUUGCCCGAUCAGGGCGUUGGUAGAAAGAUUGAUCUCGUUGCCCUGAUUCAGAGCUGGAAUAGAUUUAUUCUUCACCAAAUCCAUUAUGAGCUUUUGGAGACUCGAAAAAAGGAGAAAGAGUUGGCGCUCCUCUCAGAAAAUAGCUCACAUAAGGCAGUUCGAUUAAAAAACCACAUAAAGAAACCAAUUAAUGGUCAAAUUGAGGGCUACAAAUACACUGAACUCGAGUUUCUCAAUCUUGGUCCUUCGGAGACGGAACACGAACUUCAUAACGGUAUAAACGAAAAAUGGAAAGAUAAUGGGGUAGAUAAAGCAAUGAUGAAUCACAUGGAGAAACUUCAAAGUAAUAUAGACAAAGAGUUAUCUAAUGAUCACUGUGAGAGACAGGAGUCUGAAAUCUCAGAAUUAUUUGCGAUUGCCCGACAGCAGUUAAAUAGGUGUCUUAAGUGUAAUAAAGAAGAGGAACGCGAAUCAGUUGUGCUGGCUUGUGCCCUCCAAUAUGCGACGAGAGACAACGAGCGCACAUGCGGUUUUCUGGAGCUCGUACGUGCGUCGUUAUGUGCACGUCGUUCUACGCCCGCUUGGUGCGAGCGAUGCGCGAAGUUCACGCCCACCACACAGCGCGGGCGGCUGGUUAGGUUACCCCCAAUAUUGGCGAUCAACUGUGGGGCAGUGACUGCCGAAGAGAAAUUGUUCUGGGCGAAAGGGAGCACUAAAGAAACGCCCGAGGCCAUAAAACGCAGCGGGAACGUUAAGCCAUGUAGGUAUGGGCUUCACUGCGCAAGACCUGGCUGCAGAUUUAAGCAUCCAGAUAGGCCGAGUCCGUCCCAGAGUAAUCCAGUGAAGAGUGACUCGCAAGAUGUGAGCUGUGUGAUUCCGCACCAGCUGCACAUUCGUCUCCAGUCCGAUGGGGACAUCACUAUUAGUGAUAAGGCAGAACAGGUAGACAAACACAAAAAGAAGCCCAAAUCCGAAGCGGAAUAUACGUUGACAGCGGCCGUUGUGUGCGUCGAAGACAGUCCCAGGAACCUCGUGGCGUACAUCAGGAUCGCUGAUAAGGAAGACGCCCAUUGGUACCUUUAUAAUGAUUUGGGGAUUGUGUCUGUGAAUGAAGAGGAGGUCUGCCAAUUCAGUCCUUGGUGGAAGUCACCUUGCGUACUCUUUUACACUAGUCCCAGAGCAUUGCACGCUAAAGAUGUCGCCAGUGUCUCCUAGCGUAGCUGUUACGGUCCGUUUGCGUAUUGCAACGGUCCACAGGAGGAAAACGUUAAGUUUAUGCGAUGAUUUCCAAUACUUUUAACAUUCAAUUAAUAACUGUAUUCUAUCGAAGAGAAUUAAAAAAAACGGUUUUUAUAUCCAAAACGUUUUACGGGAGAUCAUAUUUUUUAAUUAUAGUUAUCUUUUAAACGCUGUAAAAUAGCGUUAUUGAUAGGAAACGCACCUUAAUUUCAACCC